GAAGAUUUAUCUCACAUUCCAGUGUUGGUCUGUGCGCAAAUAAUAAAUUUCUAUCGACAUCAUUCUCAAUUAAUCUUUCGGUUCAUCUAUUGUUGAAAUUUCAACACCGACUUGCGCCACCUCCGCUGCGAACGACAACUGCGGAUCUACUCAUACCUCAUCGGAAUAAUAUCCAAACCAAGUUUCUGGGUUUUACCCUCGAUAUCCUUUGCGACUAAAAUCGACUGAAUCGGUGCUUGGCCCGCACUAAUAUUCGUAGAUUUUCCCCUCGCUUCUUCAUACUUCAAGAUGGAUCACACACGAGACCCUUGCCCUUGGGUCAUCCUAAAUGACUUUGGAGGUGCUUUCUCUAUGGGUGCAAUCGGUGGAACCAUAUGGCAUGGCAUCAAAGGUUUCCGGAAUAGUCCAAUGGGUGAGAGGAGAAUAGGAGCGAUCACAGCCAUAAAAGCAAGAGCACCGGUAUUAGGUGGAAAUUUCGGUGUAUGGGGUGGGUUGUUCUCUACAUUUGACUGCGCUGUUAAGGGAAUACGGAAGAAGGAGGAUCCUUAUAAUGCGAUUAUUGCCGGUUUCUUUACCGGUGGUGCUCUAGCUGUUCGAGGAGGAUAUAAGGCGGCACGUAAUGGCGCUAUCGGUUGCGCUGUGCUCUUGGCUGUCAUCGAAGGUGUCGGAAUAGGGUUCCAAAGAAUGCUUGCGAGCUCGACAAAAUUGGAGAUGCCACCUCCACCCGACGCAGAAAAGGCCCUGGCUUAGAUCCCACAAUAACGAACGCAACGAAAAGAAACAUUACCACUCAACUCAUUUCCGAUACACCUCUCGGUCGGUUCAUGUAUUUCAUAUGGGCAUUAGGCGAACUUUGCAUAACGGCACGGGUCAUCGGAGAAUGACAUGUAAAAUAAAGGAUAGCU